AUGGAUGACUUCUGUGCUUUAGCAAGGUAUGCCCCAGAGGACAUUGACAGUGAUGCUAAGAGGAAGGAGAAGUUCCUCAAUGGACUUAAGGGUGAACUGAAGAUUCCAUUGACUGUAGCUUACACACCCAGUUACCAGUCCCUACUUGAUCAAGCCAUCGCCCUGGAUAAUAAUAUCAAGAAGGAGGAGAACCGCAAGAGGAAGUUUAGCAAUAGCAAGAGCCACACCGAGCCGUUUCACAAGAAGCACCAUUCUUAUGAAGGCAGUGGGAGUCACCACUCACACAAGCAUAAUGGUCAUUUCAGUAAAGGGAACGGCAACAACUACAAUGGUCUUAGGCACAAUGAAGGAUUCAAGGGAGACUAUUCCAAUAGUCACCCCAAUGGUAACAAUGGUCAUCACAAUGGAAACAAUGGCCAGCACCAUCCCAAUUCAGGGGACAAUAGGGACUUGUCCAACAUCACAUGCUACAAGUGUAAGAAGACUGGGCACUUUGCCAAAAGAUGCCCCGAGAACAAGCCUGAGGAGGUUACCAAACCUAAUCCAGUCCAUAAGGGACAGGCGAACCACCUGUAUGUGGAGGAAGUGGUGAAUGAACCCAAUAUCGUGAUGGGUAUGUCUUCACUCAACUCGUUACGGCAUUAG